AUGGAAGGUGUUGAUAAUGAAGUUCUUAUUAUUGAGAAUAAUGAUGAGGCUUCUGUUUGGACUCAAAGGCAUGAAGAAAUUUUCAUUGAACUUAUGGAGGAAGAACAAAAGCAUAAGGAUUUUAAGUCUUUACUAAAAGAGACUGGUAUGGGAUACAAUGCUGUGACUGGAAAAGUUAGUGCGACUGAUGAAGUUUGGGAUAAACUUAUUCGGGUUAACAAGUCUGCUAAAAGAUUUAGAAAGAAAGGUUGUAAGUUUUAUGAGAAAUUAUGCACUAUCUUUGGUGAUACUACUGCAACUGGUUCCAAUGCUCAUCCUUCAACUCGAAGUCCUUCUAAUGAUGGAGAUAAUAAUGAUGAUGAUGCAACGUCGAUAAGUCAUUCUACUAGGAAUGAAGAAAGUGGUUUCGAUGAGGAUGGUAGCAAAAGAAAAGGUAAAUCAACAGCUACUUUGAACUCUCGAUCAAUAAAAAGAGCAAAGUUCUCAUCAGCUUUGGCAGAUGCACUGGCAACAUAUAAUGAAACUACAAAGUGA